AUGGCUACCGUAUUUUCACAAGUCCAGCUGCUGCUGCAUCUUCUGGGAUUGCAUGAUAGACUUGAGGCUCUCUUUGAAGGGGUGCUUAUACCACCUAACCAAGUUUCUCAAUCUCUCGAUACAAUAGACUCUAAGAGCUGUAAUAAACUCUUGCUCAAGAUGUUACCUAUGCUGAGGCAUGGUCGACUUGAGGCUAGCCUGGAACCUAUCUGCAGCAAGUUUACCAAGUUCGUCGCCGAGUCCAUUGCAACAUCUCUGACGUUGACUAUCGACCGUGGUUUUGACGGCGCAUUCAUGGCUGUUGAAAAAGAGUAUAUUGGAUAUGAUCCCGAGAGAGUUAUAAAUCAGUUAUGGGAUGCUAUACUUGUCUGUCACUCCUCAUCGUUGAGCUGUGAAAUGGGUGAGGAUAGCAGACCGUCGUGUUAUUGUAAGAGCAUAAUUUCGGGGCUGUUGGUCAACCAAUUAUCACGCAUGAUAACUUUGGGUGCCUGGACCAAGGUUUGGCACUGUGACACUGCUUACUCUGUUAUGACCAAGAGGUUGAUAGGUUUGUAUGGUAGAUGGGCCUUUGGAAGGACAACUGCAAGUGGUAUCGCCAAUGUUACUGAGGGUCGUAUCAUAGACCCCCUGUUGGCACGGUCUAUUAUAGAUGGGCGUGAGCCAGAUACUGCCAUCGGUCGUAUUAACGAAUGUAUCGCUUUGUCUGACCGUGUCUCAUUUGUUUCUCCAAUUCCUAUAAAAAAAGAGGAUUCAAGUGGAUACUGUUUGCAUGGUCUGUCUACAAGUGAUAGUUAUUUAAUGUCAUCAUUUGUUCGUUUUUAUACGGAGGUUCAUGACAUUACCAAUUUGGAGCUUAGGGAUUGUAUUGAUGUACUUGCAGGGGCAAUAUUGCUUAUUGAGGACUCUCACUUGCAUGGUGAUGUCAUAAUUGAUGAGGGUUACAGUCGUCCACUUGUCGCUACUGAGCUGUCUAUGACCUUCCGGGGUCGUGCUAUUGUCAAUCGUGUUUUGCGAAAACAUCACGGUUACAUAUGGGUUCCUGAGUCACUGCCUUGUGAAGAUCCAUCAUGUGAUCCCUAUCUUGGUCCUAACGCUUCAAGCAACGCUCACAUGUGUUCAUAUAUCAUUAGGUUGCAUGACGCUCUUUGUGAUGCUGUAGCUACGGGGUCCACCAAUAUAACCUUUUUUGCUGAUAUUUUAAUGAGUGACCGAUCAUUCACCUUGGACGAUCACCGUGUGGAGUUUCUGAUUGGCAAAAGAUUUGCCUUUUCCAUUUUGAAUCAUCUAUGUGAUGUUUUGCAGCGAGCCGAGACGUGCAUUGGAAACCUACCGAUCCAGGUUAGCAGCGACCUGCCGAAAGUCUCCGCGAUACCUUACGCAAUGGUCGCUGUGGCUUCGCUAAUGGGUGCCAGGAUAAUGCUUCACUCUGCGGAUGUUCACCUGGGUCUCGUAACUGUUAAGGUGUUAUUGACAUCCCGACCUGUAAUUGGCCCUAAUGAAGGAUCUUUGUUUGUAACACACGAUGAGCUGUUGAACCUGUUUCUAAGGCUCUUCUAUGCAGAGAUAUCAAUGGAUGUCUGUAUGGCCCUGGAGUACCAUAGUGUCCAUCUUGGACGAUAUCGCAUGUUGCUGGUGCAUUACCUUCGCCGAGUGUUGGUUCUCCCAACUAGGCAACCAAACACUAUCGAUUUUGUAUGUUCAGGUCCCGUGGGUUUUGACAAUUUCACAGUACGUCUCAUGAGAUUGAUAUUCUUCCGUGUCCAUUGUGUGUUAUUGGACUUUCCAAAGCUUGAAAGUUUUUUGAGGACUCGGGUGGAAUACUACCAGCGGCAUGACCCUGGCGAGGAUGACCUGUUUACAGAGAUGAGCCACGGUUACAUCGAUUUAACUGUAGAUGACGACGAUAAUGCCAAGUCUGUUAACCGGGAUGUUCAUGGUGUAUCUAGUAUCGACCAUCGUAUAUUCGGGUUCUUGGAAUAUUCUGCCAGGCAUAGGAUCCACCGUGACAUGUUUGUUGAAGUGAAACGUGAGUACUGUGAGAGUUCGGCUGUAUCACAUUAUCCCGGUUAUAAUAAUAAUGCGGAGUGUGGUGAGCGUCCUUUGACUAGCUCUUUGGUGCACUGUGACCGUAUUCCUACAUAUGGUGGUGCCGUGUCACUGAACGGUUCCAUCCAGCAUAUUAGGGGUUUGAGUGACUAUGAUGUAUUAUUUUUUGAAUCUGCAUUUGAACUUUGCGGCCAUUUAAGGUUCUCCAUUGACCGGCAUCAACUUUUCCAGCAUAACAAGGUUGACCGUAUGCUAUAUCAGUUGCUGAUGCACAUAUGUCACGUAGAUAAGAGUGUCAGUACCCAGCGUAACUAUGAGGUUAACGUCGUCUGUAACAUCAGGUGUGCCUAUGAUACUGACGAAUAUGGUGAAUUAUCGGAUCAAUCUUCUGCAUCUCUAGGGAUGGAUACUGUAGAUGGGCCUUGUUUGUAUGCUUCAGAUGAUAACUGUGAUAUUGCAAAUCAGAGCAGUCAUGUUAAUUUGGAUCUGUUAUUCGUUGGUCGGUCCAAAUUCACUAAACGGAGCUAUUACAUUAUCAGUCGUCUUGCCAUAGAAUCACUUGUCCGUUGGCUUUCCCCCAAAUCUGCAUCAUCUGCGGUAUGUCGUUGGGCCGCGAGUGUCCCAAUUGAUACUACUAGUCGUGUAAAAUCGCAUAAACCGGAGACCGCCAGGUCUAUUGUGGCUAUGCUUACUAUAGGUCUGUUAUGCCACGCAUCAAUACCACUUGGUGCUGAGUUCUUGUUAUCUGAUGUUGACUCUCUUGUCUCCGCUGCUAAUGUCUGUUUUGUUAACCUCAAGGUAUCUUUUGACACGGUAUCGUUAGUUGAAGAGGCUAUUGAUGUGGAUGCUUCACCUUGCGAGACCUCUGGUGACCCCGAUUACACCGCAGUGAGGGUGAAGGCCGAACCGUCUGACGAUAGAUCAUCUGUUCCUUUAUCUUCAGAUCGAAAGACAAAUUGUGACCGUUUAUCUAUAACAGAUAGCUUGCAUGGUAUGAAUUCUGGCACAGAUUUGCUUCGUGAUUCACGUUCCGUAUCCGUUAUAAAAUCGGAACAUCUAGAGUCGUCAUUCGUGAGGCCACGUUCAUACGUCCCGGGUGAACUUCAGCUCUGGAAGGAUCAGCGAUUACGUGAAUAUCGUAUACGUCGUCACCGUCUUGCGAGGUUACGUAACGAUUUGCGUAAGAAUUUGCUUAAAGAAGGGGUACACCUGUUACAGACAUGUGCCCUUUUUGUACAUAUCCUGGGCCACCUUGUCUUGCAGCAUAUGGCAUCUUUCCGGGACAAUUUCACGGAGUUGCCUAUGGAUAAGAGUAGCCCUGAUUCGGCUGUAGGUAAUGAUUCGUCACCUGCCCAGUGUGCUUUGGAUGUCCCAGUCACAUCAGUAACUAGCGCUGUAGUUUCGGAGGAGGGUUUUGUUACACCCGAUGAGGGCAUAGAUGCUGACCCUAUUGAGGAUGUUGAUAACAAAGCCGUUGUUUGUGGUAAAUUGUCUAUACCACCUGACCCUAAGGUCCGGUCCCGUUUAUAUCGUCUUAUGCAGUUUGUCGUGUUAUCGUGUAAUACUUUAGACUCUCUUUUCAGUGCUUGUAGCGCUGUGAGUCGUUGUUGUGUAGCUGGUGACUUUGAUGUUUCCGUAUGGGACAAUGACCAUUUUUUUUCGGAAUCUGAGGAUGAGCUUGAGCUGCUGUUACACGAGAUUAGUUUCCUCAGGGACAAGGUGGUUUCACACGUAGCUCCUUUGCAACUGCUAUAUCGUGGCGCUGGUGAUAGUUUGUUUGACGACGAGUACACUUCUGUUAGUGGUUCUUCAUCUGGGUCUGACGCUAGCGGUGACGAUGCAGAUGACGACCUGGCAGGUUUCAUUGAUUUCGAUACUGACCGUCAUUUGGGCAUGGUGAUGUCUAGGCACGUUUCGAAGCGUAAUCGUACGUCCUCACGUUUAAGAGGUGUGGUGUUACGUUCUGAAUGGAACUGCCUUAUAAAGAGUUAUUUGUCUUAA